ACUACAAUGCCUUAUAAUGGUGAAUUCUUGGAAGAUUAUUUCUGGUCAGCUCCAUUAUUCUAUUCCAGAGGAAGUACGCAAAGGUACUUUUGUGGGAAAUGUUGUGAAGGAUCUGGGAAUAGAUGGGAAGCAGCCUUUUAACCAUGGACUACGCAUUAUUUCUAAUUCAGGUACAGUUCAGUACUUUGAACUUAAUUCCAACAGUGGCCAUUUACAAACCUGUGAGAGAAUAGAUAGAGAAGAGAUCUGUGGAACAGAAAAGAAAUGCAUCUUAAAAUUUCAAAUCCUUGCUGAAAGCAAGUUAAAGCUUUAUGUCACUGAAAUAGAAAUUGUGGAUAUAAAUGAUAAUGCUCCUUCCUUUCUUUCAAUAAGAUGGGAACUGAAAAUCAGUGAAACAUCUAUUCCUGGUUCUCAGUUCUUUCUGCCAGAGGCUCAAGAUCCAGAUCUGGGGGGAAAUUCUAUACAACACUAUGAACUCACAGCCAGUAACCAUUUUUCUUUGGAAGUGCAAAACAGCCAAAAUGAUGUCAAAUCUACUAAACUAGUAUUGGAAAAAUCCCUGGAUAGGGAAGAGCAGUCAGUGUAUGAUUUGAUCCUUACAGCUUUUGAUGGGGGUGAACCUACCAGGUCUGGUACACUGCAAAUUAACAUCUUUGUUCUAGAUGCAAAUGAUAAUGUACCAGUUUUUAGCCAACCAAUCUAUGAAGUAAAUGUCAAGGAGAACAUGCCUAAAGAAUCCAUAGUGGCUACAGUGACGGCUAUUGAUAUGGAUGAAGGAAUCAAUGGAGAAAUAAAAUAUUCUUUGCAGAAAAUAUCAAAAAAAGGCUCCCAAAAAUUUAUGAUAAAUUCAACUUCAGGGGAAAUUAUCCUUGUGGGGAGCCUUGAUUUUGAAACAUCUCAAAAUAAUAUCUGCUACUGUGACCUCUACGAUAAGCACAAUGAACUUCACAAUAUCUUUUAA